CCGAAGUGCGCUGGAGUUUGGGAGGCGGAGGCGGAGGCGAUGGCGGCUGUGCAGGAGCGAGAGCUGGGCUCUGCUGGAAGCACCUCUUCAUCUGGAUGUUGUCAACAUUUGAAAAUUCACGAGGAUGUCAAGGAUUAUUAUGGGAAGAAGCUGCAGGGAACGGACGAUCUGGUAUUGAACGUGUGUGUCACUCCAGGGAAAAGACUCGCUAAGUAUGUGCGGGACGCCUUGAAAGAUGUUCACGAGGAAGUGAGCUCCAGGUACUACGGGUGUGGACUUGUGAUCCCAGAUUGCGUGGAGGGCUGCCGGGUCCUGGAUUUGGGAAGCGGGAGCGGCCGGGACUGCUACAUGCUCAGCAAAUUGGUCGGGGAGAAAGGUCACGUCACCGGAGUAGACAUGACCGACGGGCAGAUUCAAGUGGCAAAGAAGUUUAUUGACUAUCACACGCAGAGGUUUGGCUUCAGCAAACCCAAUGUGGAUUUCCUUCAAGGCUACAUCGAAAAACUCGGUGACAUUGGACUGAAAGAUAACAGCUUUGAUCUUGUUAUAUCAAAUUGCGUGGUAAACUUAUCGCCCGAUAAAACAGCUGUGCUGAAAGAGGCAUAUCGAGUGUUAAAGGAUGGUGGUGAAAUGUACUUCAGUGAUAUCUAUGCCGAUCGUGAACUUCCAGAUGCUGUAAGGACACACAAGGUUUUGUGGGGUGAGUGUCUGGGAGGAGCUCUGUGGUGGAAAGAAUUUGUUGACAUUGCAAAGAAGGUGGGUUUCAAUGAACCACGACUGGUGGCUGCUAGCAAGGUGCCCGUGGAAAAUGAAGAGCUCCAGCAGAUAAUUGGUGACUGCAAGUUUGUUUCUGCCACAUACCGACUGUUCAAAGUCCCAGCCGGGGUUCGCAGAGAAAGAAGCCGUGUCAUUUACAACGGCUCGGUCGAGGGCUGCGGAGAGAAGCUGGAGUUUGACAUCAAUUACACGUUUAAUGAAGGAGAGACAGUAGUUGUGGAUGAAGAAACAGCGGCGAUUCUCGAGAGCUCACGGUUUGCAGAUGAAUUCACUAUUCAGUCGCUUGGCAAAGUGUCUCCCAGCUCUGGGGAAUGCCCACCCAGGGAGCCGCAGAGUGCUGCUACUGACCCUUUCUGGUUGUCUGAGCAUGUUGCAGAGGGCGGGACCUCAUCCUGCAGUGCAGCGCAUUCUGUCCAGAGCAAAGGCUGCUGCUGAAUCACCUCCGUCUGUUGAAGAAGAGAUCUGCUCGCUCCACAAACCGUAGAGCAACACAGCACAGGAACAGUGUUUGUGCCAAACAUGAAGCCAAGACCAUCUCUAAUCUACCUGCACAUGAUCUAUAUUCCUCCAUUCUCUGCAUAUCCAUGUUUAUUGGAUGCCUGUAACGCACUGUCAGGGUUGAUGGUGGAGGUAGAUACAAUAGUCUGUGAGUAUUGUAGUCAUGGGCUAUGGUAUGACUAAGUGAUUUAAAUGUCCUUAUUGUAUCUGCCUCCACCACUAUCGCUGACAGCAUAUUCCAGACACCCACCAUCCUCUAUGUAAAACAAAACGUGCCCUGCACAUCUCCUUUAAACUUAUCCUCUCUCACCUUAAAGCGUUGCCUGCUAAUAUUUGCUAUUUCCAUCCUGGGAUAAAGGUUCAGAAUAGAACGUAAAAGUUCCAAAUAAAACAGUUGGAUGUCAAGAGGGAAGUUUGAGGUUUGCUCUGCGGUUGGUCAGUGUUGAAUGUUCCCCUCUCCGGAUCACCUGCCUUCAUCCCCAUUCCUCUUGUACAGUGAGUCCCCUCCACAUACCUCACUGGUUGGUGCAGGACCACCAAGUGUAUCUGCUCCUGCUGCCUCUCGUGCUAAACUGAUGGGCCCCUGUUUAAUUUUAAAUUUUGCUUGAGCAACUUCUAGGAGUUUCUGUGUUGAGUACAACUGUCACAAGUUCACACCUUACAACGAUUCAAUACCUCCAGCACAGGAACUUAGCCAUACAGCGUGGAAGCUGGCCCUUCGACUCAACCUACCCAUCUACAUUAGACUCACCUGCCUGUGUUUGGACCAUAUCCCAUUACGCCCAUGCUAUCCAUGUACCUGUCUAAAUGCAGCUUGUUCCAUAUACCCACCACCCUUUGUGUAAAGAAGAUUUACCCCUCAGGUUCCUAUUAAAUCUUUCCUCCCUCACCUUAAACCUACAUCCUCUGGUUCUCAAUUCCCCUAUCCUGGGCAAGGGACUCGGUGUGUUUACUCGAUCUAUUCCUCUCAUGACUUUGUACACCUCUAAGAUCACCUCUAUAACUUCCCAGGAGCAAUGUUUAUGGGAGGUCACAGAGCUAUAGCUACAGAGCAUGAAAAUAAGCCCUUUGGCCCAACGAGUCCAUGCUGACCUAGUUGCCAUCCUACGCUAGUCCCAUAUCCCUCCAAGCCCUUUCUAUUAUAUCCACCCAAAUGACUUCUGAAAGGGAUUUUGCUUUUCAAACUAGUUGAACAUUCGGGAUUGUUGAGGGAACCUUUUUGCUUGAGAGUGGGGUCCAUCCUGGGAGCAGCUGGCACCACUGCGACACUUCUGUUCUACUCCAGGACACGGGAUUAGUCAGUCUGAGCCUUCAAACUCGCUGGGAUUUUGGAUGCUACAGAAGGCUGUGGUUGAUAGAUUGUGGGAUAACAGAUGGAGUAUAUGGAGGAAUACUUGAAUUUGCAAGGCAUAAGGCUGCUGGUAAAUGGGAUUAGUAAAGUUGGGUACAUGAUGGUUGGUAUUGGAUGGGGUGGGCUGAAAGGCCUAUUUCCAUGCUGUCUGACUCACUCUAUGGGAUUGAGUGGGGGGAGAGAUGGCGUAUGGAAAUAGUAAAAGAUUAACAAUGGGAUUGAAUGGAAAAUCGGGCUAAAGUGGCCAUGUUCCUAACUAAUACUUUUCUCUUUUCUGUUGUGAUUGAUAAGAUUCACUGCCAAAAUUCUUGAUGUGAAAGUUUUUUUCCUGUGCAAUAAAUACCAUUGAAUAAAUGACAAUGUCUGUGCCUCUGUGGUAAAUCAAA